AUUCGGGACAAACACACGUUCGAAAUUCUUUUUGUUGUGAUCAUUAAUGCGGCUUUGUUGACAUUAUUCGUUUCAUCAUUUUUCAAUGAUAAUUUAUUCAAAGAAACAAAAAAAUGUCGAUACCAAGUACAAAAUGUUUUGAUCUAAUUCAAACAUUAAAUUUUGAUCAAUUAGAUCAAUUAUCAACAAAAGAUUUACGUUAUAUAUUACCAUGUUUAGUGCGUAUGUGUCAUUGUGAUACAAUAGAUUCAUCAAGAAAAUGGCUGGAUAAUCGUCGUAAAUUAAAACGAAUUCUGAUAACAUUUCCCGAAGCAAAUGAUCUACGUCAAAUAUUAUCUAUUGAUUAUGUUCAAUUAGAAUCUGAGGUGAAAAAAGAUUUACAAUUACGGCUGAAAUCAUCUAAUCAACCACAACCACAUGAAACCUAUUUACUAUCAUCAAUUUUCAAAACAUUCAAUUUAUCAACCAACGAUUCAUAUAAUAAUAAUGAACAUUAUUUGAUAAAAAUAUUCGAACAAAAUAAUCAAAAUCAAUUGAUACGUAUGAAAUUAAUUUUAAAUGAAUUACUUACAUUAAUAAUUUAUUUGAAAAAUCAAUCAUAUCAAUUAAUGAAUGUUCAAUGUCCCGUACAAUCAGAAUUAUUUGAUCAAGAUAUUUAUCUUGAUGAAAUUGUUGAUUUAUUAUAUUUUGCUAUUUCCGAAAUGCCAAAUACAUUACAAUUAUUUGAAAUUGUUGAAACAUUAUUAUUAGUAAAAAAUGGUCAACAAAUAAUUGUACGUUUAGUUGGAAAUUUUUCCGAAUCAUUUCAUGAAAUAUGUAGUACAUUAAUACAGAAUAGUGAUCAGAAUUUGAUUGAAGAACAAAAUUUUCUAUCGAUUAAUCGUGUACAAGUAUUACGUAAACUUUGUCAAAUGAAUCAAUCUGAAUCAUUAUCAAUUCGUAAUGAAGCAAUUGAAUUAUGUCGUAUGCCAAAUUUGAUUGUAAUGCUUACAUUGGAUCAUUUAAAAUUGCAUGAUAAUUUGAAUGAAACAUCAACGACUACGACGACAACGAAUUCUGAUGUUUUAUCAUUUCUUUCGGGAAUAUUAUUAAGCAAUGAUGAUAAAAUACGACAAUGGUUUUCACAAUAUAUUAAAAGAAAAAAUCUUGAUCAAUCAAUACAGACAAAUUGUUUUCUGGAAUUUCGCGAACAACUUUUACGUCGUUUUCGUUUGAUAACGGAUGCUAUGAUGAAUCUGUCGAAUAAUUCACUGACAACAACAACAACGAAUGGUACUAGUAAUCAACAAAUGAAAAUCGAAGAAUCAAUCAUUACUGAAGCCUGUUUAAUGUUACGAUUAUAUUGUGCAUUGCGUGGUGUUGCAAUGAUGAAAUUAAAUGAUGAUGAAACACAAGCUAUUAGUAAAAUGAUUGUUUGUCGUCCACCACCACAUAUUGAUAUUGGUGUACGUUUUGUUUCGGUUGGCCUUUGUAUGAUUUUAGCAUUUCCACAAAUGAUUAUUAGUCAAGAAUCGGAAAUUAUUGAAUGGAUAAAAUGGUUGGUUAAAGAGGAAAAUUAUUUUGGACAAAAAGCUAAUACCCGUGCUUCGUUUGGUGAAAUGCUUUUAUUGAUUGCUAUAUUUUUUCAUUCAAAUCAACUGACACAGAUUGGUGAAUUAGUAUCAUCAACAAUCGGUAUUAAACAUUCAUCUCGUACUAAUGAUUUAACAUUGAUUAAACAUAUUUUCAUUCAAGAUAUAUUUACUGAACAAACUGUUACAUCACAUGCUAUAAAAGUACCUGUAACAAAAAAUUUAAAUGAUUCGAUUACAGGUGCUUUACCAAUUCAUUGUAUAUAUCAAUUAUUGAAAAGUAGAGCAUUCACUAAGAAUAAAGUACCGAUAAAAAAUUGGAUAUUUCAACAGCUAUGUAAUUGUAGACCACCAAUUCAUCAUAUUUUACCAUCAUUAAUUGAAGCAUAUGUUAAUUCAAUUCUUUUGCCAACAAGUCAAUCAGCACAUAUGACAAAUGAACCAAUUGCUGAAGAAGAUUUAAUAAAAGUUUUUCAACGUGAUGUAUAUUCAUUUGAACCGGAACAAAAAAAUGAUCGAAAACAACAACAACAACAAUCAGGUGGUGAAGAUUCAACUGAUAAUGAUGAUAAUGAUGAUGAUUCAAUGAUGAUGGAUAAUAGUUCUGAUCUGGAUGAACAAAUGGAUAUUGAUGAUGAUGAAACUGAAGAUGAAAUGGAUGAUAAUGAUGAUACAAAUGUUAAGAAUUUAAAUUCAAAUGAAAAUCAAGUAUCAUGUUUAUUAACAUCACAAUUAUUAUUUCUUUAUUAUGUAUUACUUUAUGAAGAUGUACGUCUAUCAAAUAUUCGUAAUGUUGAUCGUCCAUCAUUAACAUAUACGAAUGAAUUUAUGUCACGUUUACCAAUAUUUUACCUGAUACAACGUACACAAACAUGUCCAAAAGAAUAUGGACUAUUACGACCACCAUUAUUACGUUUAAUAUCAUUUCAUUAUCCACAUUUAUGUUUAGUACGUGAUUGGUUACCAAGACCAAAUUUUUCCGUACAAAAUCAUCGAUCAUUAUUUCAAUCAAAUGAUCGUUAUCAAAUUAAACAAAUUAUUGUACAUCGAAAACGGCUAAGAAAAUUAUUUCAAAAAUGUUUACAUUCAUUUAAAGAAAAAUUAUAUAAUCAAAAUCGUGAAUCAUUUUAUUAUUUAGAACAAUUGAUAAAAUUACCUGAUGAAUUAUUAUGGCCAUUUGCAACGGAUUUUAUACAAUUAUUACCAUGUAUAUUGGAUGUUGAUACACCGAAAAAAAUUCUUUUGCUAAUAAGAAAAAUUUGGUUUCGUUUAAAUUAUAUUUUUCCAACCAAAUUAUGGGUUAUGACUGUUAAUAUUCUACGUUGUGAAUCAUCAACAAAUGGUUUAUUAUUAUUAUCAAAUAAAUGGAAUCAACAAACAUGGGAAGAUUUAGUUAUGAAUCCAAAUUUUUUAUUUCGUUGUGAUCAACGUGUUUUUCGUAUACCAGAAUUAAUGGAAAUUCAUCUUCACAUACUUGAUGGUAUAUUAUCAGCAUCAAAAAUUCGUUGUAUACAUCAUAAUAUGGAAUGUAUUAGUCGUCAUACGAGUGAUGAUGAAAAAAAGAAAAGAGAAGAAUUAUCAAGGAUUUAUAAUCUAACAUGGGAUUCUGCUUCAAUUCAAAUGCUAUUGGAUUGUUGUUCAACACAAAUUGAUCAAAAUGUUCGUGAAAAAUUUUAUCAACAACAACAACAAUCAUUGGAUGUAUCAAAACAAAGUUCAAUAUUAAAUCAACAAAUUGAUUGUUUAUUAUCGAAUCGUAGAGAAAUUCAAGGUUUAAUUUGUACACAUUUACAUCAAUGUUUUAUUGCUGAUUGGAAUCUAGCUAAAACUGUUUCUACACAAGGUUAUGAUCCAGAAUUUUUAACAAUGGCCGUUGCAGGUAUACCAUCAUUACAUAUUUGUUUAGAUUUUAUACCGGAUAUUUUACAAUAUACUGAUCUCAAUAAACAGUCAUUUGCAAUAGAUUUAGCAUCACAUCUUUGUUGUCAAUAUCCAAUACCACGUUCAUUUAGUAUUGCAAAAUUAUGUUUUGAAUUUGCUAACACACAUCUUUCAUUGUUACCAAAUGAAAAACUAUGUCAAUUUUAUCUAUCAAUAUUACCGGCAUUAGAACGUAUGAUACAAACAUUUCCACCAUUGAUUGAAGGUUUUUUAAAAUUACUUAUACGACUUGGUCAACGUAAUCAAUCAAUAUCGGCAUCAAAACCUGGUUCAAAAUUUCUUUUAAAUUCUUUUGAUCAAUUUCUAUAUCGAUCAUCCGAAGCAGAUUCAUCUCCAUUGCCAAUGAUUACUAAUGAUGGCAACAAUCAAUCAUCAUCAUUAUCAAUACAGAAAAAAUAUUCCAAAUCAAAAUUAAUCGAUAUGACAUGGUUAGAUUUUAAUAAAAAUAUAAUGAAAAAAUUAUCACCAGAAGAAUCAUUAUCAUUGGCUAUACAGAAAACAUUUGCUAUGGUAUGUCAAUUAAAUUCGUUAAAUCGAAUAUAUCGUGAUAAAACAAUAUAAAAUCAUUCAAUUCAAUUUAUUCAUUUG